AUGGUUUGCAAGAUGCUAGAGAACGACGGUGCCUUGGACGCGCCACGAUCGGAUAGGUUUGGUCAGGGUUCUGGUGAUAUUCUUCGUGUCGAAUGUUACGGAACAGAAGAGAGCUUGGCGGACUGUCCACGCAUAUGGACCACCUCUUCCUGUGAGCAUCGCUGGGAUGCGGGCGCCAUGUGUUACUCAGGAGCCCAUCCUCAGCUAUUUAAAGUUCGUCUUGUCAGUGGAUCUAACGAUGCUGAAGGCAGAGUAGAGGUCAUGUAUGAGGGAUCCUGGGGAACUAUCUGUGAUGAUGGCUGGGAUCUGAGAGACGCGAGGGUGGUCUGUAGAAUGCUCGGGUUUGAUGGAGCCUUGGACGCACCGGGAUCUGCUAGGUUUGAUCAGGGCUCUGGUCGUAUUCUCCUUGUUUUGGUCAACUGUGACGGAACAGAAGACAACCUAGCUGACUGUGCUCAUGCAGGGAUUGAUCGUUACCCAUGUAGUCAUACAGAGGAUGCAGGCGCUGUUUGUUAUUCGGGAGAUCAUCCAAAUCCAUUCCAUGUUCGUCUUGUCGGUGGAUCACAUGACGCUGAAGGAAGGGUAGAAGUCUUCAACGAUGGAUCUUGGGAAACUAUAUGUGAUACUUGGUGGGAUCUGAGAGACGCUAGGGUAGUUUGCAAAAUGCUGGGGUUUGAUGGAGCUUUGGACGCACCGGGAUCUGCUAGGUUUGGUCAGGGCUCUGGGCGUAGUCUGCUAAAGUAUGUCAACUGUGACGGAACUGAAGACAACCUGGCUGACUGUGCUCAUUCAGGGAUUGGACUUUAUUCAUGUAGUCAUACUAGGGAUGCAGGAACCAUUUGCUACUCAGGAAAAUCUUCAAGUACCGUUGAACUCGAGACUACUGAGCCUUCCUUGCCAAUUACCAUCCUUGACGGGCUAUCAACGGAUCUUGGUAAUGCAUCUCUGUAUUCAAACACUCCAAACAUGCUUGGAGAUUUCAGUCCAGAUGGACCUAAAGUGGUUUGCAAAAUCCUGUGGUUCGACGGUGCCCUGGCUGCGCCAAGAUCAGCCAGGUUUGGUCAAGGUGCUGGAGAUGUUCUUCGUGUCGAUUGCUGGGGAACAGAAGACAGCCUGGCCGACUGUCCAUACUUUGGGGCCAGCAUUCCCUGCGGACAUCACAUGGACGCAGGUGCCGUAUGUUAUUUAGGAGCCCAUCCGAACUCAUUCCAAGUUCGGCUUGUCAAUGGAUCUGACAGUGCUAAAGGCAGGGUAGAGGUCUUGCAAGACGGAUCCUGGGGAACCGUUUGUGGUGUUGGCUGGGAUCUGAGAGACGCGAGGGUAGUCUGCAGAAUGCUGGGUUUUGAUGGAGCCUUGGACGCACCGGGAUCUGCUAGGUUUGGUCAGGGCUCUGGUCGUAUUCUUCUCGAUAGGGUAAACUGUGACGGAACAGAAGACAACCUUGCAGAAUGUGGUUAUUCCGGGAAUGCACGUUACUCAUGCAGUCAUACAAGUGAUGCAGGUGCCAUUUGUUACUCAGGAGUCCAUCCGGACCCAUUCAAAGUCCGUUUUGUCGGUGGGUCUAACGAUGCUGAAGGCAGAGUAGAACUUAUGCACGAUGGAUCCUGGGGAACUAUCUGUGAUGACAGCUGGGAUCUGAGAGACGCGAGGGUGGUUUGUAGAAUGCUGGGGUUUGGUGGUGCCUUGGACGCACCGGGAUCUGCUAGGUUUGGUCAGGGCUCUGGGCGUAUUAUUCUAGAUGUCGUCGGAUGUGACGGAACAGAAGUAAACAUAGCAGAAUGUAUUCACCGAGGGAUUGGAGUACAUUACUGUGGACAUGAUGAAGAUGCAGGCGCUAUUUGUUACAAUGGGGCCCAUCCAAAUCCUCUCGAAAUAAGGCUCGUCGAUGGAUCCAGCAAAGCUGAAGGAAGAGUGGAGGUCGUCUACGAUGGAUCCUGGGGAACUAUCUGUGAUAAUGGCUGGGAUCUCAGAGACGCGAGGGUCGUCUGCAGAAUGCUGGGGUUUGAGGGAGCCUUGGACGCACCGGGAUCUGCAAGGUUCGGUCAGGGAUCUGGGGAUAUAAUUCUCAAUCUUGUUGGUUGUGACGGAACGGAGGCAAAUCUUGCGGACUGUGCACAUCUUGGGUUAGGUGUCAAUUACUGCAGACACGGAGAGGAUGUUGGUGCCAUCUGUUACUCGGGAGCCCAUCCUAAUUCUGUUGGAGUACGGCUCGUGGGUGGAUCCAACAGUACUGAAGGCAGAGUAGAGAUCAGAUUCAACGGUACCUGGGGAACAGUUUGCGACGAUGGCUGGGAUUUGCAAGAUGCAAAGGUAGUAUGCAGAAUGCUAGGAUUCGGCAACGCCUCGACUGCACCAGGUUCAGCCGAGUUUGGAGAGGGGAACGAAGACAUUUUUCUGUCUCAUGUCGGGUGUGAUGGAACGGAAGACAAUCUUGCGGACUGCGCACAUCUAGGGUUUGGAGUGCAAAACUGCCAACAUAACGAAGACGCUGGGGCCACCUGUCUCUUAAGAGCAACUGAUGGCGACGGAAAAACAGAUCUGAAUCUCUCGCAAUACAUCAAACAAAGAGAACCACAUAAAUACAUGGACAUGAAUACCGUUUAUGAAACACCUGACAAUGACAAGGACUUUGAUCUCGAUGGAUAUAUCCUUCCGACCAGGGACGCAUUAUCGGAUGAUGGAGUGACAGCGACGUCUGAUCAAUUUCGUGACGAUAAAUCGAAUAAUCAUGAGUAUACCGACAUGAAAACUGUCUACCAAACGCCCUCAGCGGGGAAAGAUGUGGACCUUGAUGGAUAUCUUCUCCCGUGA